AUGAUGAAAACAUUAUCAGAAAAUAAUUUUGUCGAAUAUAAUGUUCGUCUUUCUAAUUUUUCGGGUAGAAAAAAUGGUCUAAAUGAUGGUGGAUGUACUUGCGCUGGAGAUGUAGCAAAGGCUUUUGGGGCAGGUGCAGAUUUCGUAAUGGCGGGAGGAAUGUUUUCAGGACACGAUCAGUGUGAUGGAGAUGUUAUUGAAAAAAAUGGAAAAAAAUACAAACUGUUUUAUGGUAUGUCAUCAAGCACCGCAAUGGAAAAGCAUGCUGGUGGUAUUGCAGAAUACCGGUCAUCUGAAGGAAAGACAGUUGAAGUACCAUACAAAGGAAAUGUGGAAUGUACAGUAUUAGAUAUACUUGGAGGACUUAGAAGUGCUUGUACUUAUACUGGUGCUGACGACUGGGGCCUUAUUGGAUUUAGCGACGACUGUACUGGUGAUUUUGCAGCUUGCAACCAAGUACACGAAAAGAGUAGAGCCGGGGAAAAUUUCUACCACAAUCUUAGUUACAUACCUAGAUUUGUGAACUACUUAUGA